CCUUCACCUCAAAAACUCCAGAUUCUUCUUAUGUGCACUAUGACCAUUUUUCUCUUGGUGAUAAAGCAGUUGUGGACAUUGCAUGAAAAGCUUGAAUAGGGAACAAAAAAAUGAUGAUGUAGAGAAUAGAUAGAGACCAAGUGCAAAAUUUUCCUGUUAUUUUAGAGUUAACUAAUAUCCUCCCUCCCCCAAGCCGAAGCAUGAAUUAUGAAACAGAGAAGUUCUUUAAAGCGAGUGAUUUUCAAAGUUACUAGCUUUUUGGUGUUAACUAAAAUCCCCCAGCCUUCUGUUUGGUUGAAGUGUAGCGAUGAAAAUACUAAUGUGUGUUGAGAAACUUCUUAAUUUCAUCAUGGUUUUGAUGCAGGCAAAACGCCAUUCGGCUCGAGGAGAAGGAGAAUAGGGAAAAAGAAUUGCGGAACCAAAUUCUAGAGGAUGCUGAAGAAUUUAAAAAAGCUUUCUAUGAGAAAAGAAAGCUUGGUUUAGAGACUAACAAGACUAGUAACAGAGAGAAAGAAAUGUCAUUCCUGGCCAGUCUAGAAAAGUUCCAUAAAGAAGCUGAUAAACAAUAUUGGAAAUCCAUAGCCGAGCUCAUUCCUAAUGAGGUACCCAAUAUUGAAAAGCGGGGGAAGAAGAAGGAUAAAGACAAGAAACCAUCCAUCACUGUAGUCCAAGGGCCAAAACCUGGCAAGCCUACCGAGCUUUCAAGGAUGCGACAUAUACUGGUGAAGCUGAAGCAUAAUCCUCCGCCUCACAUGUUGCCGCCACCUCCUGCUCCUGUUAAGGACAGUAAAGAUGCUAAGGAUGAAAAGAACGUCAAAAAUGGAAAAGAUGCAGUAUCAAAUGCAACUAAAGAGGCACCUAACAAAGAUUCUGCUGCCAGUGGUUCCCCACAGACAUCGGUAGAACCCACUGCUGCUCCAGCCAACGACCAGCCUGCUAGCUAAUUUUUAUAUUUUGGUUGCUGAUUCCUCUGACUCUUCUUUCCUUCAUUGAAUUUGCACCGUCAGUUACUACCAUGAGUAGAAACUUUCAUAUAUUCCUGAGCUUCUACAAAUUAAGAUUCAUUUUGUUGUGUACUAGAAAUUGUUUGAUGAAAUAACUUGGGAAUCUUUAUUUCUGCUGUU